CUCUUGCAACCCCCCGACCUAAUCAGGCUUCUUUCCAUCCCCCGUUCUCCAAUUCCUUCGAUCCAAAUCAAUUGGAUGAUUGCCCUAUCAUCUAACCAUCGCCACUUCCCGCCCUCUUCGCAUCUCCCACCGCCGCCCGCAUGGAGUCCGUCUCCCACGAAGACCCGUCCUCAACCUCAUCCUCCAGAUCAACAUCGCGCACUCGGCAAAAAAGCUCCCAGUCGAAUCAAUCCGCCGCCUCGUACUUCUCCUACCCCGUGACUCACGUCGUAUCUGGCCUCUACCGUCGACUCACCGACCCCCCGUCAAAAGCCAAUGCCAUGGGCCGCUCGCAGCGCGAUUCGAAAUCGUCCCUGACCUCUCCUAACGACUCGUCCUCCUCAUCCCGGGUCUUCACCCCCGUCCGCACCGUCUCGCCCUUCCAGCCGCCGCCCCUCACCCCCCUCACUCUCACCGGCGACCCGUCCAAUCUCCAGCAGCAGCUGCUCACGCGCGCCCUGGCCGAGGAAAUCCGCCUGCUGGUCCCGGCUCGCCUGCAGCUCGUCGACACCUGGCGCCUGGCCUACAGCCUCGACCGCGACGGCGCCUCACUCGCCACCCUUUACGAGAACUGUCGCGAGAUCUCUAACCGCAGCCCGCGCGCCGGCUACGUGCUUAUCGUCCGGGACUCGUCCCCCGCCGGCGCCGUCUUCGGCGCUUACAUGACCGACCCUCCCCAUCCGAAUCCCCACUACUUCGGCACCGGUGAAUGCUUCCUCUGGCGUGCCAGCAUCCUGCCGCCCCCCGGGAACCUGUCUCUUGCCGCUGGCGGUCCCCCGUCGGAGGACUUGCUCGAGAUGGCGGGGCUGCCGCCCCCGCCCAGCGCGGAUACAACACACGCAGGACGCUCGACGACCCUGCGCGGCGAUAAGAAAGGUGCGGCGUCCGGUCAGGCCGAGGAGCAUCGCCUCGCGCCGCCACUGUCGAAUGGCGGCGCCAGCGGUGCCAGCACGCCUGAUCGGAUUCGAUUCAAGGCUUUUCCCUACAGCGGCGUGAACGAUUACAUGAUGUUUUGUGAGACGGGCUUCCUGAGCUUGGGUGGAGGAGACGGCCGCUACGGUCUCUGGGUUGAUUCCAGUUUCGAAAAAGGCGUCAGCUCCUCCUGCCAAACCUUCGGAAACGAGCCUCUCUCCGACGAAGGCGAUAAAUUCGACGUUAUCGGCGUCGAGGUGUGGUAUGUUGGCGCGUGAAGUGUGUCCUCUCCACAGCAUGCAUGUUGUCGACGGACGAAGCAUGGGGGUUGAUUUAUCUGUCUGCAAUCUAAGAUUGAUCGUUCCAGUCUUAUUUGCUUUGGUUCGGACGUGGAUUCAUCAUGGACUCGCUCUGUCAUUUUCUUUCUGGCGUUGUCGUUUACGUACAUAAUACCCGCACACGAUAUGGCUGGUCCCCAUCGUGUCAUGCAUUGCAAACUUCUAUCUAUAUAGCUCUUAACGCGUUGGGAAGGACCAGGAAGCCCUCUUUUUGAUUCCCAUGGGGAUGACUACUGGCCACAGGAAUGCAGUGCCGAGAUUACUGGUUGCAUUGCAUUGCCUUCAACCAUGCCAAUGUUGAAGCUGCGAGGACAGAUCUCUCGUGAAUCGUAACCUUUGAUUAGC